GUUAUGGAAAUUAUUCUUUACACAUUAAAUAAUUUGAACAACAGUGUCUCAGUCACACAUGGAAGGAGGUUUGUCGUCUGUUUAAGGUGCACUAGUGUGCCCGUCUAUAAUUCAGUAAUUGUAUUACCUUCAGCUGCUUUCCCUGCCACUGAAAAGCCAGUUUAGUUUGAGGAUUCUAUUUUCUUCUCACACUCUUUGGGGGUUCAAUGACCUUUUCACAGGGGUCACCUAAAACCUUUGGAAAACACAGGUAUUUCAUUACGAUUCAUAAUCGUAAUAAAAUUCAGUUAUGAAAUAGCAACAAAAUAAUUUUUUGGUUGGGGGUCACCAUAACAUGAGAACUGUAUUAAAGGGUUGCAUUAGGAAAAUUGGGAACCACUGACUUAACAGGACAAAACUAGAAGACAUGGCAUUUCCUUUUAAUGGUUUGUGUGUGUGGUGCUGGGGGUGCGACUUGGCCUCACGCAUGCUGAGCAAGUUUCUGCUAAGCCCCAGCUGUAGGCUCUAGGCUUUCCCCUUAUAAGUCAUAUUGGUGAAUAUAUUUAGAACAAAGUCUUCUGAUGACAUCUUUUGAAGUCCAAGUUAGAUAAGCAUUAAUAGUCAGCUUUAUAAUUUACUACAAAGGUUAUCAAAAUAUAACGCUGUGAGUUGUUUUUAUACAGCCCCUCUUUUUAAAUGUUUAUUUCUAGGGAUUGUAGGGACACUGAGGAAGAGUGUGUAACAGAAAUAGACAUGGGGGAAAGACUUGGGAUGUCUUGACUGCCGUGUACGGAUGAACUGUACUAGCCUGCACUAACUGUAUCUCCUGACUUUUCAGCUGAAUACACUGAUUAUGUGCUCCUCUGAGAAGUCUAGAAGGUCCUUAAAUAGGUCAAUAAUACCUAAAAUUUAGUAACUUAAAAAUUUGGCACUUAAGUAUGAAUUCUUUACUGUAUAUCGUUUUGGGGAGUUGGGAUGCAACACAGGGUCUUAGCCCACGCUAGCCUAAAACCCCAGAUUGUCUGUCUCCGCCUUUCAAGUGUUGAUUAUAGGCACGUGCCGCCACACCUGACUUAUUAUGUUUCCAUAUAAUACUCUUUCUAAGAACUUGACAUAAAAUCAGUGUUCUCACGUGUCCACACUGUUAGCCUAUCCUUAUUUACCCUGAGGUCUUACGGCCUUAGGCUCCAGGCGUUCUCACAUGUCCACACUGUUAGCCUAUCCUUAUUUACCCUGAGGUCUUACGGCCUUAGGCACCAGGUUCAGAUGCUUAGAAGUGGACCAUGUUAGACAGCAUUAAAAAUCUUUUUCUUCCUUUUUUUUUCUCCUCUCUCCUCCUCUUCCCUGUCCACCUCUCUGGGGAUUGAACCCAGAAACUGGGCACCGGUUUCUGGACCUGCCAUGAUUUCAGUCUUUAUCCAAGUCACUCAUGUCAUAGCAGAUGUCCUUCAGUGAACCCAGCCACCCCUCAGCCUAUUAAAACAUUUUUAAUGGAGCUUUUAUAAUUCUUCAGGUGAAGUAAACGAACACGCACUGAAGAAAAUUCUUUCAAAUGUCAAAAAGACAGUGGUUGGCUGGUACAAAUUCCGUCGUCACUCGGAUCAGACAAUGACGUUUAGAGAGCAGUUGUUGCACAGAAACUUACAGAUGCAUCUUUCAAGCCCAGAGCUUGUUUUUCUGCUGUUGACACCAAGUAUAACAACAGAAAGCUGCUCCACUCACUGCCUGGAACACGCCUUAUAUAAACCUCAAAAGGGGCUUUUUCAUAGGGUGCCUUUGGUGGUUGCCAAUUUGGGAAUGUCCGAUCAACUGGGUUAUAAAACAGAAUCUGCUUCCUGUACAUCCCCUGGCUUUAGCAGAGCCGUGAGAACACACAGUUCUCAGUUUUUUAAUGAAGAUGGAUCGCUAAAGGAGGUGCAUAAGAUAAAUGAAAUGUACGCUGCGAUACAAGAGGAAUUAAAGAGCAUAUGCCACAAAGUUGAACAAAGUGAACGAGAAGUAGAGAAAUUAAUGAUGGAUGUAAACCGAUUAAAAGAAGUUAGAAAAGAGCAGCAAGCCCGGAUUAAAGCAGCAGGAGAGAAGACUGUCCAGAACAACCCCCAGGAGAACAUUCUUCUUUGUCAAGCUUUACGAACCUUUUUUCCAGAGUCUGAGGUUCUUCAUUCUUGUGUUAUUUCUUUGAAAAAUAGACAUAUUUCUCAAAGUGGAUGUAACAUGAAGCAUCAUCUUGAUGUGGCUAAGCUGACUUUAAUGGUGGAGUAUAUUCACAGCCCUGACGCUAGUCCUCUGCCCGAAGCCCAGCUAACUAAGCGUAAAGAUGUAGACAUGCAAGACCAGUGGCCCGGGAAGAAACCACGGCUGCAGGAGACAGAAAGCAGACCUGUGACAGAUUCCCAAAGCAGUCACCAAAACAGGACAUCCUCAAGCAGCCCAGAUAUAGACACAGAGAUGGGAAGCACGGAAGAGGACAGUGAAUACCCUCGCUCUCCCACAUUUUGAUUCUUGCUAGAUGAUAUUUUUACUUAACUGAGGUCCAGACGCUAUUUUACUGUCUGCUACUGGGGUAACACAUGAGAAGUUCAUGUCUCACUUCCCUGUAGGGGAAUACGGUAUUUUUUACUACUCAACCGUUUACAAUAUGAAAAUGUUUUAUAAAGUAUUCUAGAAAUUCCCAUUUAUAUUUCAUACAUUGCAAAUGCUCUGUGAAUGUGUACAUGUCCCACUCAGCUGCAACCUCCCUCGCUUCCCAGCCUCUUCUCACUGUGCCUUCCCUGCAGGAAUUCUCCCUUCCCCUUUAUAUCCCAUGUUCUGUUGCCUUCCUUGACCCUGCAGAUUCUUUUUCUCCCGUCUCCUGACCCUUUUCUAGUGGCCUGGCCUCUGUCCAUCCACAUCUAAAGUACCUUUUAGAAACCUUUGUGGUGCAGGAAUCGAUGCAGGGCCAUAUGAAUGGUAGGCAUCUUCUUUACCACUGAGCUAUAGUCCAGAUGGGUUUUUGGUUUGUUUGUUGAGACAAGGUCUUUAUGUAGUUCUGGCUAUCCUCAAACUAACAAAUAUCUGCCUGCCUCUGCCUCCCAAGUGUUGGGAUUAAGAACAUGCCACCACACCCAGCUAAGAUGCUUUUAUUUCAGAGCCACGACCUUUCAGCUUCCCCGAGUUAUCAAGGGAGACUUAAAGAUGCAUUUUUUUAAACUACAACAUUCUUCAAAUUGGAAAAGAGAAAGUAGCCUUGUUUCACAACACAGAAAAGAGCACAGAAGUUUGCAAAAUCAGAACUGGGAGCUGGCUCAGCUGGCACAGACAUCUGCAGUGAAGACCGACAACCUGAAUUGGAUUCUUGAGACUCCCUCAAUGGAAGAAACGAGUCGUCUUCCACAAGUUCUUCUGACUUCCACACAUACCAUCACUGUGGCAUAAUCAUGAAACCCCCACAAAUAAAUUUAAUAAAAUUCUAAAGUUUUUAAA